GGAAAUCACAAUGGCAGCUGUCUCGGGGGUAGCAUGCGUUCGCCCUUUGCGGCGGUUAUUAUCGCAUUUGAAUGGGUCCGGUAGGCAAACUGGUUGCCAUCGGUGGGUUUCGGUGAGUAUCCCAAGCUGCGGGGCACAGCAGCCCAAGGAGCUGUCCGGAGGACCGGGCGGUGAGGCCAGGGUCGCCAGUCCUUGGCGCUUGUUUGGGGCGGUGUGUCUGCAGAGGUUACCGGUUACAGCGCAGAAGCCGAGUGCGAUUGAGGAACAGUUCGCGCACCUCACGCGCCAGAUGGACCUGGAGAAUAGUCUGUUUUCGGAUCAUGAGCUGAGGUUGCAGGAAGAGGCUGAACGCAUGAGACGUAAGAAGGAUGACUAUGAUUCGGAUGAAGAAGACUCUGCCGGUCAGGACAUUAUCACUGCCGAAGACCUCGAGGAUUCUUGGGAGCAGAGAUUCAAGACGUUCCAGCCUUCUCUGGUGUUUAAAGAGACAAGUGAGCUGAAUCUGGGCUCUGCACAGCGGUGCCUAGCGGACAGCUUGCUCCUAUUGGCCAGGCAGCGUGUCGGUGACCAGGACUUGUGGCUCCUACCUCAGACGCAGUGGCAGGCUGGGGAGACGCUGCGUCACACAGCAGAGAGGGCACUUGCAUCCCUGCCAGGUUCUGGCUUUAAGGCGACCUUCCUGGGUAAUGUACCGUGUGGAGUUUACAAGUACAAAUUCCCCGAGAAUGUGCGGACGGAGAGCUGUAUUGGUGCCAAGGUCUUCUUCUUCAAAGCUCUGCUGUCGACACACAGUGACUUGCCACCUCAGGACAGCUUCAUGUGGUUGAGAAAGGAUGAACUGCAGAGUUACCUCAGACCUGCCUACCUGGAGAAGGUGAAUCGCUUCGUGUUGAACUUCUGAUGCUCUGGAGAUGGACAGGAGGCCUCGAGAGGAUCGUCAAAGUCCUGUGUGUUUGUUCCUGCUGACACCAUUAAUGUCAACAUUUCAAUAGAAUUAAAAUGUGCCCCCCUUUUAUCUGGCUACAUAUUUGGCCAAAUGUAAUUGAAUGUUUUUUUUUUUUUGUUUCCUUUUAAGGUGUGUUUGAGUCAAAUAAUUGUGUGUUAACUGGCCGUGUGUUGCUGUGGUACCUUGUAUAUUGGGGGAUGUAUUUCUCUUGUAAGACAAGAGUUGGAUUUUAAUCACUUGGUAAUCAGUUUGAUUAAUCCUGCUCAUACUGUCCCAUCUUGGAUUUAGUUUUCAGUGUAUUUUUACUGUGGCAGUGCAUUUUAACUACGUGCCAUAGGAUAUGUGAGCAGGGCCCUUGCUGGGAGUUUAGGGGACAAAGAUCAGCCCAAUCGAACUAUAAUCCAACUCAAGAAACAACAGGCAAAGCAAUGAUGUCUGGUGGGCUGGGUGGGGGUGGAACACAGGCGUUAUCUUCCCUGGGUGUCUCACUUGUAGUCCUACGAGAGCCGAGUGAAUGUCCUUUCCGGAAAGUAGCCAGUGUGCUGCUGCUAUUGAUGCUAUUUAUGCGCAGAGAUUGUCGAAUAUUCACAAUGCACUUGGGUGAUUCCUAAAAGUGAUAAAAAAAAAGGCAGUACUGCUUGCUUUAUUCCCAACGGCCCUUGGAAGACCUGUUUAUCAGAACCUCACUUCCAGAGGGUGCUAUUUUUCAUCUAUUAAAGUGAGAGAAAACUG